AGAUCGUAUAUGAGUGCAUGACGUGUCAUGGCACCUUUCGAGGUCUAAUGUUCUUUGCGAUAUAACGUUCCAUGCUAUUAACAAACGUGUGUAACAGAGUUACAGGACAAAAAUUGUUAUGAAGUUAUGUGACUAAUCAUUUGAUGUAGUAUACAAUAUACGUUUUUAGUAGACAAUAGAUACUUUACAUUAAAAGUUUACGAAUAAUGGCGAGAAUAUUAUCGAUAUGGGUAUUGUGUACGCUCCUAUGCGUAGUUAAUGAUAUAUCAGCAUUUUACUUGCCCGGUUUAGCACCAGUAAAUUUUUGUAAAAGCGGAGAUUCUUCGAAAAAUUGUAAGUCUGAAAUUCAAUUAUAUGUUAAUCGUCUAAAUACUGAAAAAUAUGUCAUACCUUACGAAUACAAUCGUUUUGACUUUUGUACUGCGGAAAAAAAAGAAUCACCGGUUGAAAAUUUAGGGCAAGUUGUAUUCGGAGAACGAAUUCGUCCUUCUCCGUACAAGUUGGAAUUCUUAAGACCAGAAACAUGUAAAGUUGCUUGCACAAAAACAUAUAAAGGAAAAGAGGAAGUUUCAGAACAAAAGUUGCAAUUUCUUAGAAAAGGAAUUGCGCUUAAUUAUCAACAUCAUUGGAUCAUCGAUAAUAUGCCAGUUACGUGGUGUUAUCAAAUACAAGAUGAAAAGCAAUAUUGUAGUACUGGUUUUCCAAUGGGCUGUUUUACGCGGGAACCUCUUUCAGCACAGGAUACCUGCAGCAUUAAUGGUUUAUAUAGCAAAACAGGAAAAGCAUACUUUAUAUUCAACCACGUCGAUCUUAACAUAACAUAUCACAGUGGAGUCAAAGAAGAAUGGGGAACGAGUUUCAAAGAGAAUGGUGGUCGCAUUAUCUCCGUAAAAGUAACUCCUCGUAGUAUCAGACAUACCAGUAACAACCCAAAUUGUGAUAGCAAAACAUCUCCUAUGGAAAUACCCGAAGAUCUUCCUGCUGGUAAAACAUUGGAUAUAACAUAUACAUAUUCUGUAAGAUUUUCGCAAGAUAAUACAAUCAAAUGGUCAUCCAGAUGGGAUUACAUAUUGGAAUCAAUGCCGCAUACAAAUAUACAGUGGUUCAGUAUCCUGAAUUCAUUAAUUAUUGUCCUAUUCUUAUCUGGAAUGGUGGCAAUGAUUAUGUUCCGCACAUUGCACAAGGAUAUCGUGAGAUAUAAUCAGGCCUACUUCCAGAUAGAGUCAGGAGAGGAUGCGCAGGAAGAAUUUGGAUGGAAACUCGUACACGGUGAUGUCUUCCGACCGCCACGUAAAGGAAUGUUGCUUUCAGUAUUACUUGGAUCUGGUAUACAAGUAUUUUUCAUGACCCUUGUCACGCUAGCGUUUGCUUGUUUGGGUUUUCUGUCUCCUGCUAAUAGAGGAGCAUUAAUGACGUGUGCAAUGGUAUUGUAUGUAUGCCUUGGAACAACAGCUGGUUAUACAUCUGCUAGAAUUUAUAAAAGUUUCGGCGGUGAAAAAUGGAAAUCCAAUGUAUUGCUUACGUCAAUGCUAAGUCCUGGGAUUGUCUUCGGUUUAUUUUUUAUAAUGAACUUAAUAUUUUGGGUAAAAGGGAGUUCAGCAGCUGUACCAUUUAGUACUCUUAUCGCCCUUUUAGCAUUAUGGUUUGGUGUAUCCGUUCCAUUAACAUUUAUCGGAGCUUACUUUGGAUUUAAGAAAAGGUCAUUGGAACAUCCAGUAAGAACUAAUCAAAUACCAAGACAAAUACCAGAACAAAGUUUUUAUACGCAACCGAUACCUGGUGUAAUAAUGGGUGGUGUAUUACCUUUUGGGUGUAUAUUUAUUCAAUUAUUUUUCAUUCUUAACUCGCUUUGGUCUAGCCAAGUAUAUUACAUGUUCGGAUUUCUUUUCCUAGUAUUUUUAAUACUUGUGAUUACGUGUUCUGAAACUACAAUCUUAUUGUGUUAUUUUCAUCUUUGUGCAGAGGAUUAUCAUUGGUGGUGGCGCAGCUUUCUAACGUCAGGAUUUACAGCCUUUUACUUGUUAAUUUAUUGCGUACAUUUUUUCAUGACGAAAUUAGAUAUUGAAGAUGCCACAUCCACGUUCCUUUAUUUUGGAUAUACUUUAAUUAUGGUCUAUCUAUUCUUCCUUCUAACAGGUUCAAUUGGUUUCUUUGCUUGCUUUUGGUUUGUGCGUAAAAUCUACAGUGUGGUAAAAGUUGACUAAUUAAACAGUUAAAUAACCAAAAGUAUAAAUAUUAAAAAAUAACCGUGGUACAACAAGAUGAAAGGAAUGAGUAAAAAAAAUGUUCGAUAGUACAAUGAUCAUUUGUUAUAUGCUUAUAUAUAACUUAUGUUCAAUUUAUUCUCGAAUCCUUUUAAUUCAAAUAUUAUUGUGAAAAAUAAUAACAUAUUUUCUUUUUAACAAUAAUAUUUGAUUAAAGAUUUAAAACUUUUGAACAAUUUCAUAAGAUAAUCCUAGUUAGCUGUGAAACUAUUCGAAGAAUAAUAAACAUCGACUAUCGAUCAUUCUUAAGAAAUUUUAUAUGAUUAAUAUUUGGAUGCGAGCAAACUUGCUGCACGCACACCGCGCUCUGUAUGGGCGUACGAAAAUAAUAAUAUAUUAUUACGAUGAUAUUCUAUUU